AUGCCGAAAAGUAAAAAAACUAUUAUAAACCCUAAAAAUAAAGGAGAACCUACCGAAUGGAAAAAGGCUCCAAGAACAGGAAAAUUACAAAAAACCAGAGCAUUAAAACUUGAUGAUAUACAUACACUUAAUGAACUACAUAAAAUUUUAGAAUUAUUGAAGUGUGAUGUACCUCUAAGUAUCCAUGAACACGUUUCGAAGGAAGAAGUAUUAAAAACCGAGAAGCACUGUUAUGAAUGGGCAAAGUCGUUAGGAUUAAUUUCGAAAAAGACCACGAAUACUGAAUUUAAAGGAAGCAAAUUUGGACGACUUAUUUGUUACAUAUUUCCAACAACAACCUUUAAAAGACGUUGCCUUGCUAUCGAUUUUUUUAAUUGGUUAUUUUUUGUUGAUGAUUUAAUUGAUAAUAAUAAAGAUCUAAAAGGAAAACCCGAAGAAAUAAAAAUAGUACUUGAUAAAUUCAAAGCUAUUUUAGAUGAUAAACCGAAAUCAGAAGAUUUACAAAGUCCAAUUGCCAUUGCACUACGGGAUGUAUGGGCUAGAAUAAAAAUUAUAACUACAAAGGCAUGGCAAUUAAAGUUUUGCAAUAGUAUUUCGCUUUACUUUGAUGCAUGCUGUGUGAAUGCCCAGAAUGAACUUACAAACAAUAUUCCUAAUUCUGUGGAUGCAUAUAUAAAGAUUAGAAGAAAUUCAGGGGCUGUGAUGACUAGUUUUAAUUUAAUCGAGCCCUUGCUCGGUAUUCAAAUUUCUUAUGAUAAUCCAGACUUACAAAACCUUAUGGAUUAUUGUAAUGAUCAUAUUUGUUUUACCAAUGACCUUUAUUCACUCCAAAAAGAAUUAAAGGAAGGUGAAAUCGAUAAUAUUAUUAUAGUUUUACACCGUUUGCAUCGAUACUCUUUACAAGAGGCUAUUAUUCAUACAGUGGAUUUGGCCAAUAAACGAAUGACACAAAUUCAAGAAAUUUCCAACAGAUUAAUAAAUUUUAAUUUGGAUAUUGAUCAAAAUGUUAAUAAAUGUGUCAAUGCGUUAUUAAAUAUAAUUGUUGGUUCUCUUUAUUGGCAUAAAAGUUCUGGUAGAUAUUCAACUAAAAAAAAUGAAACUGGUGGUUUAAGGUUAUCGAUGUAG